CGGCAGAUCCAGACCACGCCCACAAUGGAAAGAGAUGGAGAGCAGCCGGUAGACGAAGGAGAAGCAGCAGCUCCAUCGGGAUCGACAAGCAGGUCCACUAAACACACAUCUAGGAUAGCUAUUCAGAAAGUAACAGAGGUCGUUGCUGCAUUAUCGGAUUACAAAAGAUUCCUGGUUGAGGAGAUUGGCUUUGAGGGUGUAUUGCAUAUCCCCAUGAUUCAGAAAAUCAAUCUCAAGUUCAGCAAGUUCCUCAUGACCAAGGUGGAUGUGAAAGAGCAUUGCAUCAUCCUGAGACACGGCGGAACGCCAAUUACUUUUUAUCCACAGGAUUUCCACAAAGUGUUUGGCAUCCCAUGUGGUCAAUGAGACAUCCAUGGGAAAGAUGCAGACAUCACAUCUGAAGCAAUCGAGUUCAUCAGGAACUCUAUAGGGUGGACAGAGAAAUCUGAUCGCAGCUUAAGUUCGCUCGAAGUGUUCAUCGGCAAGGAAAUAAAUGAACUAUCCAGCCGAUUAGAAAAGGAUUCCUUCAAGAUGGCGUUUGUUGUUUUUGUGAUGGGCAGUCUGUUCGCACCGUGCACCAAAUAUCAUCACUCAACCAUCGACUACUGGGCUGCCAUCAAGGAUGCAGCAAACAUCUCCCUCUUCAAUUGGUGCAAAUAUUCAUUCAAUUUUUUACUAGAAGCAGUCUGCAAACUGAAGUUGGAAACAGAUGCAAACAUAACACCCAACCACCUCUCUGGGUGUCACCUUUUCUUUCAGAUAAUGUUGAACUGGGCAUGAUGAACUUGAAGCAAACGACAAUGCCACGAAUACAAUUAUUCGACGAGGAGACCCUGAAACGGAUGAUCCUCGUGUGCUCAGCAAGAAAGCUAGGGAGAACAAUCUUCAUAGUCCCUGAGGCAAGACACUGGAAUGCCAUGUGCUACACAUGGCACAACUGGCAGAACGAGAAGCAUGGCAAGAAGAAAGCAAUGGAGCACAAGGCUGAAGGCUCAGCAAAUCAGUAUGCACUCGUCAGUCACAACCCAGAGACCACUCGACGGGGAGGGUAUACCAAUGCGGACACAAGCAACCUUGCACAGACACAUAAAAGCAUCAUCGAAUUCAGCCCCGGCGACUACGCUCGCUGGAUCCAGUUGCAAAACCCAGAGCUGGCCGCUUCUCCAUUAGGAUGGGCACUAAAAGAGCACAACGCAAAGUGUGUGCAUAUCGCAAAUGAAAUGAGAAGGAACAUUGCAACUGAGAACAUUCGAUUCACAAAAAAACUGCUGUAGGUGUACACUGUCAAACCAAAUUUGACAACACCCGCACCCAAUGCAUCUUAUCGCGCUGUCAAAACCGCACCAGGCGUCAGUGGUUCUGGUUCACACAACGCAGAAGCACCGAGCAGACUCGCACAACAAAUAGUUGGAAGAAGGUUGGAGUUGUCAUCUCCAUCCUUGACGUCCGUUAAAUGCGCCAAACCAGUGGUCUUGACCAUCGCCGACCAAUUGUUCACAACACCUACUAGGGGCCAAAAGCGAGCAAGGGCAGACGACGCGCCAGACGCACCAUCAUUCGAAUUGGACAUAGACGAACACAAUGAAGCUAGUACGCCUGUUAAGAAGGAUGGAAAAGCCACUCUGAUUUCACCUACGUCGGCGACAAAGACACACUCAGACCACCUAGUGGGCCAGCUAAUGAUGCUUAACAAUGAGAUUGGAGACACCGAGGGACAUAUUGUCUUUGGUCAAGUCAACGUCACGGCUGUAACAAAGAUCAAAGCUACCCACACCGGUUUCACCAAAGACCCAUGGUCGAGCAACUGGUUGGUGCGCACACGGGCCGUGCGUUCUAAAAGCCAUCAGAGAAUGGAUGCGAUCAAGAACACCCUAUGACCUAGCAAGGGUCUCACACCCUGACCCACGGAUCAUUGCAGUCAGCGGCAAUGCCAUCAAGUCACAAAUAUGCAAUUGUUAUGAAUUGGACCACGAGCUUGGGUCAUUGAUCGUCCGGCGAAUUGGACAGAUGGAGUCACAUGCACACCGUGCCAGCCCCGACGAACUAUACCGGUUGCUCCUCGAGCCCGAUUUUGCGUGUCACGCCUUUGCAGGGGAAAAUACCACAAGAAUCAUGUCAAUACAAAGGCAAGUCAUCGAAAAUGAAGUGAAGUGCAACAUCGCAAACUGUCGGAUGGUUACAAUCCCCGCCGUCAUGCAACAUGGUUGGUGCUGCUUCAACUGGGACAUGAUGGCCCACGUGAUAACCAUAAUGGACCCAAUGGCAUACCAGACAGAGGACACAACACGGAAAACUUGUUUUAUGUACGCGGCCGACAAGAUACACGACGCUCUUUUUGAUUGCAUUGAAGAAUUCUUCACCGAGUGGCACUGCAGCAGACAUUCAUGGACGAAGAAGUCACCUCUACUGUCUACCACAACAUUCACAAGGCCAGAGAGUGCCCUGUGUGUCGUCCACCUACUAAGACAAUUCAAAGGGAAUUCACUGGCAAAACCACUUACCAGGGCAGCUAUCGCCAACGAAAGGGGCUCGCUCCUCAUCGAGCUGAUCCACAUGGAAGGCAACACCGCCCCUCUGCAGCUAGAAGGACUCGACACCAUUGCCGACGCUCUGAAUGAGACGAUGAAAGACUUAGGGGUUUAGGUGUGGCGAAGAGUGUUAGUUCUAAUGUAUCUAGGACGGCACUGGAUAAUAAUGUAGAACAAGUGUCCCGUGGUCGCUCAUUAUGUAUCUACUUUUAACUAGUAUUUUUCUUGUAAUCAGCAACAUUUACAUUUCCCUGAAUA